CAAGAAGCAUGUUACCACAGAAGCUUCUGAUGGCGUCCGUCUUGGUCGCCAUGGUAACGGCAGCUCAGACGGCUCCCCUGGAUGCAGAGCGUGAGGAGGCGGAGACCACCGAGGAGGCCGAGCCCGUGGAGGAGGAGGGGCAGAUCUCAGAGGAAGAGGAGGAUGAAGAGUCUGAGAGUGCGGAUAGGAUUUUGGGACUCCAUGGUGUCCAAAAAACCACACUGGCUCCAGUGGCGCCUCCAUCGAGAGUCUCAGUCCAGUUAGACUCCAGUGGACCCCAGGAGACGGGGGCAGGCCUCGAGGCAGGUGGGAGAGUCGUCGCAUCUGCUUCCUCUACGGGCCACUCUGAAGGAUCCUCUCUUGCGAUGGAAACCUUCGGUCAGGACGGAUUAUCAGGUCCUCCAGGUGCAGGAUCUGGAGUGUCGCAGGAGUCAGGAGGUUCAGUUGGGUCUGCCGUGGCUGGGAGCCUCCCGGGCCAACAAAGCUCAGUAGAACCCGGAGCAAGUUCUGGUGAUCCUGCAAGUGCUGCAGGGUUCGCAGGUCAUGAAAGUCCAGAUGCCUCAGGAGGACAUCCUCCUGGAAGUCCUCAAGGUCCCAGCUCUGGAGGCCUUAUAGGUUCCGGAGGGGUGGAAGACUCCGAAGGCCCAGCUUCUGGGAUGUCCGGAAAUGGAGUCAAGCUGCUGAACGGUGGUGGAGCCCAUGGGGUGUCAGGACACCAGGGGGUGCUGGUGGGUAGUGUCACUCAGCAGGACCUCCUCACAAAUCCUGACCUCCAGAACGUCACGCCAGACCCCCACCAUCACGCGGAAGUUCAGAACUUCACCUCAGAAGUUCUGAGAGAAGCAGACUUGCAUCAUGUAACCCCGGGCCUCAACCUAUAUCAGGACCUCCACAAUGUCACCCCUGACCUCAGCAACGGGAUCGCUAGUCCAGAUGUCCAGCAUGAGAGUCCGGAGCUCCGCAGAGAUCCCCAGAACGUCACUCCUGAUGUUCGCAGGGACGUCCAGAGAAUCACACCGGGUCCGUCGGAUCCCACACACACUGUAGGCCCUGACGCCAUGGUCACUGAUGCAGCUUUUGUGGAUCCGACCGGAACCAGCCUCUACAACAGUGGUACAACAGGGUGGGACCCAACCAGGACAGCUGGUCCAGUUACUGAACAGUACAACCCAUCUGGUUCGGGUCCUGAAGGUUCAGAAAAUGUGGAACUGGAGGAUUCCUGCUGACUUGCACGUCAAGCCGCAGGUCCGAUUUCUGCGUUACCGCUUCUACUGCACCGACCAAUCGGAUGCAGGAGAGUCGGACCCCUCCCACUAGCGCUAGACUCACCCAGCCAGACGCCUGUUUCUGUGACAAUGUUGAAUUUGUAAAAUAA